UAGAGAGGAAGAAGAAGGAGGAGGAAGAAGAAGAGGUGUGUUAUUUUAAAAGGGAGUGACUGUGGCAGCUAUAAGACACAGUUUCAUAUCUGGAGAGCUGUGAAUGAACCCAGAUCCACCGCAGUGAGUUCAGUCCGCUCACGUUCAGCCGAGGAUGCAGCAAGUCAGCCAGAAGAGUGGGCCUGACUUUCAGCGGCUUUGGGGAAGAUGGGCCGGCCUGUUCAAGCCUAUCUAUGGUGACUCCAGGGUGGAACAGCUGAUGGACACGCGGGCCGGGCAGUACCUGAGCAGCCACCCUUUCUUAGCUCUCAACGUGCUGCUGUUUGGCGCCGCGGCCGCUCUGCCCGUCGGACUCUUCCUCUCUUUUGCUCUUGUGACCCUCGUUAUGUCGGCAGUAGGUUUCCUUUGCUUUGAAGUGUUCCUGUUGUUCGCAGGCGGGUUGACUCUGCUGUCCGUGCUGCCCGGCAUCGCCCUCUUCUCCGUCAGCGCUUCAGUCAUCUUCAACGCGCUCUACGUCACCACCUACAACAUCUUCAGCCGAUAUUUCCCGCAUCUAACAAAGCAAGGUGACGUUCUGGAUGAUCUGGACGAAUCGAAGGAGAGUGAAUUCGACAAUUAAAAACUGAAGUAAAUUUAGUUUUAUUCUUCUCUCUCAAAUGUCAACUUUCAAUGCGGAAAAGCCUCGACGUUAAGUCUGUACAGCUGAAGCCCUGUGAGUGGGAUUCAGACCCUUGAAUGUACCGUGUGCAGCUACUUACAAGCACAAAUACUGUCUGAUGGUUACUGUAUGUCUGAAGCCUAAACAUUGUAACAAUACGUUUGUUUUUUAAAUGCCAAAGUGUCCUCAUCUCUGUUCAUGUAGACAUAUACAAUGUCUACAGAACAUGGACUAACUAACCUUUAACUGCCUUAAACAGAAAGAUUUAUAUAAAUCUAAUCCAUAUAACCUAUUCUAUAAAUGCAUUAUUGAUUAAUCCUGAAAUGUCGUCUCAUUUCAAGUAAUUGAGUUUAGGGCAGAAUAUGUUGACUCAGGGCUUUAGUUGUCUGAAAUGCUUUUGUAUGUUGUUAAUGCUGAUGUGCAGAUAUCUGAUGUGCAUGCCCGUUACAGGCAAAAAGAACCAGCUCCGUCCUAAACCAAAGAGAUUCUUUUUCAACGGCCACUCGUGAUUUUGGCAAUUAACUGAUUCAAUCAUUUAAUCGGCGGAUCUGUAAAACUGAGCUACUCCACAUGGACACCCCUUCAAAUAAUGCGCUCACUGGAGACGUGCUUAUAAUUCUCUAGAAAAUUAGUCAUCCAGUAUGAGAAAUAUUGGCAAGUGGACUAAGAAAUCUCUGUACGACCAAAAGUACUUAUUAGUCAACUAAUAUAAGCCCUUAAAAAUAACAUGUUACAUGUUUAAAUGUUGUAUGUUUGUAUUGUGGCUUUGAAUAAAUGACAACCGAGAUCAACCUUUGACGGUGUUUCUUCUAAACGGCAUUGGAGGAAGAUCCUCCCGAAUCACAAGGAACUUGAGUGGAGUUUGGGCAAGAAAUCCAUCCUUAAUAUACAUUUUGGUUGCAAUGAUAUUUAUUGGAAUAAACACAAUUUACAUCUCAUUAUGUUCUGUAUUUAUUUAAUAGAACAGUUACAGAGGACAUUUUCCUGAAGAUAUUUGCUAACUUUUACUAAGUGACAUUUGGGACAGAGUAUCCUUUGGUGUUGUAUUUUUUAUUUUAGUUAAGGAAAUACUUCCACUAUCGGUCCAUUGUACUGCUGGUGGUAAAAAAAAAAGGUUUUGCUUCUUUUCUCGCAUGACUUCAAUAAUCAAACGUCAACCGAAGGAGAUCCUCAUAAAAUCUUUAAUGGAGGUGAUACCAUGCAAAGAAAUACAUACAAACUUGAAAUAAUCCUUUAGGAAUGACUAAUUUGAAGAAGAAGAGAGGCCUUUAAAUGUAAUAGAAAUGCACCCUUGAUUAUAGACCAGCAACACACCCAACCAGUUCAAUUAGACAUACAGUUCACACUUGAAAUGUUACAACCAGUGAAAGGAUUUGAAUGCAAAAUAUCAUUAAACGAACCCUGUUCACUUGACUUCAUGAUUUUAUACGUCGGUUCAUGGACUGGGAUGCUGGCAGAAACAAAGUUUGUGCACCAUUUACAUGAAAAAUGUGAUGUAACAUUAUUUACAUUUAAAGCUGUGGAUGCAUUUUAUUUGCUUCAAUACAGUAAGCGUAGGAAAAGAUGAAUAAAGACGUGAAACGUUUAAUUCCCAAUGAGAUAUCAACCAUUUGAAAAUACUGAUAUACACGGCCAUCUGAUUGUUGACAUCAAAUCGUGAGAUAAAACUACAAACUAUCUAAUGAGUAUUGUUUAUAAAAACUUUAAGAUUUAGAGCUAAAAUAUUGUUUUGAACAAUUUUAGAAAGCAAUGCUUUUACAAAAUGGAAGCGUGUGUUGGCAUGUAAUUGUUGGCAUCUUUAAAAUAUUCCAUGAGAACAUACAUGUACAACAGACUAAAACAAUUAUCCAAAAAGGAAAUAAUGUGAGAAAGUAGACACAAUCCUCAUCAGGCACUCAGAUGCGUUACCUCUUUAGCGCACUCUUUAAUAAGACUGUACAUUUGUGCAUUUCAUUAUCGAGUCAAACAAGGUACUGCAACCCCUAUUGUGACAUUAUAAAAAAGAUGAGGAAAAAAACAA